AUGGCGACGCCGUUUGCAACCGUCCCGGCGCCUGUGGAAGGGCUCAAGCGGCAUGUGAAUGGAUCGAAACAUGUGCUUAUGCAGACCACGUCAGAAAAUCAUCCCGAUAAAAUUCUUCCGCAGCACGGCCAAAAAAACAUUCUCGUCACUUCCGCAUUGCCGUACGUGAAUAAUGUGCCGCACUUGGGCAACAUUAUCGGCUCGACGCUAUCUGCCGACGUCUUUGCGCGUUAUUCACGCACUAAAAAUAACAACACCCUCUAUAUUUGCGGCACGGACGAGUACGGCACGGCGACGGAGACGAAAGCACUCGAAGACGGCGUCUCGCCGCAGGCGCUUGUCGACAAGUACCACAAGCUCCAUGCGCAGGUGUACGAGUGGUUCCAGAUCGGCUUUGACUUUUUUGGGCGUACGACGACUCCGAUGCAGACAGAGAUUGCGCAGGACGUAUUCCUGAAACUGAACAAGAAUAACUUUCUGGAGGAGCGUGCCAUCACACAGCUCUACUGUGCGAAGGACGACCGGUUUUUGGCGGACCGCUACGUAGAAGGGCAGUGUCCAAAAUGCGGCUACGACGAUGCGCGCGGCGACCAGUGCGACAAGUGUGGUCAGCUGCUCGAUGCAGCGGAGCUGAUCAAGCCGCGCUGUAAGCUGUGUGGGACCAAGCCAGAGCUGCGCGAAUCGCGCCACAUGUUUUUGCGGAUAGAUACCUUGCAACCACGCACUGAAGCAUGGGCGAAAGAGAUGGCCAAGAAAGGACAGUGGUCUUCGAACGGCACGCUCAUCACCGAGUCUUGGUUCAAAGAAGGCCUCCGUCCAUUCUCCCUCACACGCGAUCUGAAGUGGGGUGUUCCCGUACCAAUAAAAGGUAUGGAGGAGAAGGUGCUUUAUGUGUGGUUUGAUGCGCCUAUCGGCUACCCCAGCAUCACGGCAAACUAUACGCCUGCGUGGGAGCAGUGGUGGAAGAAUCCGGAGAUUGUGGACUUGUACCAAUUUAUGGGCAAAGACAAUGUCCGUUUCCACACGGUCAUCUUCCCGUCGUGUCUCAUGGGCAGCGGCGAUCCAUGGACGAUGCUGCACCAUAUCAACACUACCGAAUACCUGCAGUACGAGGGCGGAAAGUUUUCCAAGUCGCGCAAUGUCGGCGUGUUUGGCGACAAGGCUGGCUCCAUCGGUGUCUCCCCAUCCGUCUGGCGCUAUUACCUCCUCGCCACGCGGCCAGAGUCUUCCGAUAGCCAGUUUGUCUGGCACGAUUUCGUCACACGCAACAACUCGGAGCUGCUCAAGAACCUGGGCAACUUUGUGAACCGCGUCGUGACGUUUAUGAAAAAGUACGAUGGGCGUCUGCCGUCGAUUCCCGAAGGCAUGGGUCUACGACCAGGCACCGAAGGUGCACUCGCUGCCGCGCCUGCCAAUGCACCCGAAGUGCCGCCCAAAACGCCGUUUUCCGAGAUUGUAUUGCGCUUUACACGCGACAUCAACGACCUUUUGCACCAGUAUGUCGAGUAUAUGGACGUAGGCAAGCUGCGCGCAGGCCUGAAUACCAUGAUGGCCAUCUCUGCACGCGGAAAUCUGCUGCUUUCGGAAGCAGGGCUCGACAAUGCGCUGUUCGCCGACCACCGCGCGACCUGCGACGCUUUGCUUCUCGUCGCCGUGAAUUUGAUCUGGAUUCUUUCCGCGCUCGUGCAUCCCUUCAUGCCGCAGACCGCAGACCAAAUACUGGCACAGCUAAACGCGCCUCCGCGCGCAAUUCCGGUGGAUGGGCGCUUUGCGCUUGAUCUUUUGCCCGGCCAUAUGGUCGGAAAGGCCGCCCACUUGUUCAAGCAGAUCGACGAGAAGCAAGCAAAAGCGUGGCGCGAUCAGUUUGGCGGCGAUAGCAGCGAGCCAGCAGCGCCACAAAUAAGCAAAAAGGCAGCGGCAAAGGCACGCAAGGCGACAGAGAAGCAAAAGGCGAGCUUGUCCAAGACGGACGAAAUGCGGGCGAUGGAGGAACAAGUCAAGCAGCAGGGCGAUGCGGUGCGUGAGCUGAAAGACAAGAAGGAUACACCACAAGAAGAGCUAGACGGCGCAGUUCACAAACUGCUCGUGCUCAAGAACAAGCUGCAGGCGGCCACCGACGCCGCACUCGCCGCACAGACGGCCGGCGCGCAGCUCGCAUAG